UAUUCGCGCCAUUCGAUGUCGACCUUACAUCUUGCAAUUUGUGUUGGGUUUCGGUUUCGUGCUCGGAAAAAUUGCUGAGUGAAUGUUGCUUGCAAAAUGACAGACGCACUAGAAUUUACGGAUAUUUGGCAGGAAGUGAGAGGUGCUAUGAAUGGCGGCCGUCUUAAACUGAGCAGGCAAGGUGUGUACUUCAAAAGCAACAAGACUGGUAAAGUGGAGCAGGUGCAAGUAGAGGAUCUUGCCGAAACCAACUGGCUGAGAGUGGCUAAAGGAUACGAGCUGAAACUCCGCCUCCAAAAUGGCACUAUCUUCAAAUAUGAUGGCUUUCAGGAAUCGGACCAAGAGAAACUGACUGAAUUUAUCCGAAAUAAUUACAACCUCAGUUUAGACGAGGUGGAACUUGCUGUUAAGGGACGGAACUGGGGCUCAGCUAAAUUUAAUGGCACAGAGCUCGCCUUUGAGGUUGACAAAAAGCCAGCCUUCCACAUUCCUCUAGGCAAUGUGUCUCACAGUACGACUGCCAAGAACGAGGUCAUUCUUGAAUUUCAUCAAAAUGAUGACACUGAGGUAUCUUUGAUGGAGAUGAGGUUUUAUGUUCCUCCAACAGAAUCAGACGUCAAUGCUGCCGAGGCAUUUCAUGAAAAGAUUCUGGCCAAAGCUGAUAUCAUCCAAGCCACGGGAGAAUCCAUCGCAUCAUUGGAGCAAAUACCUUGUCUCACUCCAAGAGGUCGUUACGACAUCAAGAUAUUCCCUACCUUCCUCCAACUUCACGGCAAAACAUUUGACUACAAGAUCCCAUUCACUACCGUACUUCGUCUGUUUUUGUUACCUCAUAAGGACAAUCGCCAGAUGUAUUUUGUGAUCAGUCUGGAUCCACCCAUCGUACAGGGCCAGACCAGAUAUCAUUUUCUCAUCCUGAGCUUCAACAAGGAAGAUGAUAUGUCACUGGACCUCAACCUCACUGAAGAGGAGAUUGAGGAGAAAUACAAGGGGAAGUUACAGAAGCACAUGACGGGGCCAUCGUUUGAGAUCGUCAGUCGGUUGAUGAAGUCACUAUCAGCACGGAAGAUUACUAUUCCUGGAUCCUUCACAGGUCGAUCCGGAGCACAGACUGUGAGCUGUUCCUACCGGUCCAACAGUGGUUUCCUGUACCCCUUGGAGAGGGGAUUCAUCUACGUUCACAAACCCCCCAUCCACAUCCGCUUUGAGGAGAUCGCUUGCGUCAACUUUGCUCGGGGUACUGGCAGCUCUCGCUACUUUGAUUUUGAGAUUGAGACCAGGAACGGAAAUGUCUAUGUCUUCAGUAGCAUAGAAAAGGAUGAGUACAGUCCUCUCUUUGACUUCGUUAGCAACAAGAAACUCAGAGUCAAGAACAGAGGUGGCAACAUCAAGGACGGAAAGUCAGUCAACUAUGAGGAUAUGGUGGACAGUGAUGAUGACGAAGAUACCCAUGAUGCCUACCUGGAACAAAUGAAAGCUGAAGGGAGGGAACGAGAUGAUGGGGAACCAGACGAGGAUUACAUUGCUGACAUGGACUCUGAUGCCUCAGAUAGUGAUUUCAAACCUGGAGACAGUGGAAGUGAUGUGGCAGAGGAAUACGACAGUAACCCGUCCACCAGUGAUUCAUCCUUAUCGGAUGCCAGCUCUUCAGAGGUUGAAGAGGGAGAACUGAAACGUAAGAAGCAUCGAGACAGUAAACCAAAAAGGAAAGUCAAGACGGUGUCAGAAAAACCACGUAAGAAACGAAAGGAGAAGAAAGAGAAGGAUCCGAACAUGCCGAGACGGCCCAGCUCGGCCUACAUGAUCUGGCUGACAGAGCAUAGAGAGGAGAUCAAGAAGAGUUACCCAGGCAUCAGUGUGACCGAGGUGUCCAAGAAGGCUGGCGAGAUGUGGAACAAACUAGAAGACAAAUCUGAGUGGCAGGAGAAGGCCGCUAAGUUAAAGGAAGCUUACACCAGAGCCAUGGCUGAAUACAAGGCCAAACUGAAAGCAGAAGGUGGUUCCUUUCAGAAAAAAACAACUCCUAAGAAGACCAAGUCAUCUGAUUCUGCGUCCAGCCCAACUAAGAAGCCAUCCAGCGCUGGGUCAGGAGGGAACUAUAAGAGUAAGGAGUACAUCAGUGAUUCUUCAUCAUCAGGAGGAGAUGAUGAUGACGAUGAAGAUGAGGAUGAAGAGGAUGCCAAGUCAGAGGCAUCUGAAGGAGCUGUCAGUAACCCUGCAAGUUCCGAGGAAGAAAAGGAGGCGUCAGGAGGCAGCAAUCUCGAAGAAGAAGAAGAGGAGGAAGAUGAUGAUGAUGAAUGAGAAGACAUCUUGUCGACUUCCAACCUUGUUGCCAGGCAAGCUGAACUGACGAAACCAUCUGACCAGUUCUGUCACAAAGAUUUAUUGUAAAACUGCUUUAAUCUUUCAUGUAAUUUCCCCUGUACUUUGGAAACAUGGAUAAGUUAACACUGUCUUUUAUGCUUAAAGCCUUGAGCAUUUGGUCCUUGGUAAAUUGGGCUGUUUAGAAGUAAGCCUCUUGUCUUGCUCUGAAGAUUAAUAUUCACAUCAGUGAACUCUGUGCCAGUUUUUGGUCGAUUGCUGUCUCUAGCUGAUGUUUACCAUGUUGCAGCCAUUUGUGUCUGGUACCAUGCACACAUGUGUAUUGUCAGUGCAUAUUUAGAUAAAUGCAGCCAGACUGUUAUUUGUGUUUCUAUCUAUUGCAGUCAAUUGGAUAUGUCAGAAGGAUGUAAGUCACUUGCAGCCAUGUUGAAUUCCUUGUUCUUUACCCAGUGAAGGCAACUUUGUGAAGUUGUUUUUUCAAUCAAAACUUUAACUUGAAACCUAACUCCCUUGGCAUUUUUUGGCUAGGAAGCGACCCAAAUCAUGCAAAAUCCUUCAACUACCUUCAUGUAAAAGUUGAGUGUAGCCUUGAUCCUCCAGAAUCCUCCCAAAUCCCUCAGAGAAUUUUCAAGGAUUAGAAAAGGCUUGGGUCAAUGAAGAAAUGCUUGUGUCCUUUAAAUAAGGCUUGUGCGGGAAAGGUCUUGGUUUGAAAACCUAACUCUUUUGUCCACAAAAGGCAGAGCAUUCAAACUGGUGCACUUGCUCAUCUGUCAAAGCUUCCAUAGCACAUAUUACGAGGCACAAAUAUGUCGAUGCCUGGGCCAGGUGAAUAUAUACUCAACGUGUAUGCGAUGCCACAAAUGUGAGAUAUAACGUGGUUACACGUAUUGAGAGGAGGCAAACAUUAAAUAGUUGUGUGGCAUUAAAUGCCCAUUCCAGUUACCAAUCACGACUUAUUGUGUCAUAUUGCAUAAUAUGUGAUAUUUGUGAUGGAGGCGUGUGGGUAGGCGUGUCUUUCUAUCCUUUAUCUUCUCCAGCAUUAGAAGAUAUGGUAGUACGUCUUCAUCCUUACAGCAUUUACUGUAGAAACAAAGCAACUGUAACAGUGUUAGGAUCAUGGUCAAAAUAUUAACAUUGCCCAGCAGUGGAAGUCCAAAAAGUGGGGGGGGGCAUAUAAUGGCAGAGCUACAGUUCCUAAUGUACGGGCAUAUUGCAAGCUUUCAUUCCUGAAACUUACAUCAAAGUGAUGCCUUCUUUGUAGUUUUUUGUACUCCAUGUCUACUUAUUGAAAUGACAGCCUUGCAAAAUAACCUCAGCAUGUAUAUCUUGGAUUUACUCCAAAAAGAUGUGUCCCCCCCCCCAUUGUUGGGAAUAUGCUAACCUUCCCCAGGAUUAUGCACAAUUUUUUUUGACAUGGUUCAUGAUUCUUGUAUGGCUUUUUUUUUCAUUCUUUAGAAUCAUAUUUUUUCCGGGGAGGAACCAUAAAUGAAAUUUCAGUUUUCCUUUUCAGCAACUUUUUUUUUGUUGUGGAAAUGCAGCAGACAUAUGUCCUUGACAGUGGUAAAAACAGCUGAUCCCUGCAACAUUGAGAGAGCUCAGAAAAUAAGAGUCAGUUUUUAAAAAGACCAUUGUUUGCAUAGUUGAGUGCUUCCAAAUUUGGUUUCUCGUCCCUCAAUGACGAGAGAACAACACUCGUCUGUGUGUUCCCCUGAAAGGCCAAAUGAUGACCGUGUUGAUUCAGAUUUAGGAAUUGCAGAUUUCAAACUAAUGCUUUGUUGGAUUUUUUUGGUCAGUAAUCUGCUGGCAUGCAGUAAAAUGUGUAACUUUUGGGACAGAAA